UGAGUACCAACAUUAUUUGUGGUUGGUAACAAUUUACCCAGAGAAGUUAGGUAUUAAUCAUUACCACCAUCGCCAAUUUUAGUUACUUAACCAAUUGCCCCGUUCUAAGGUUACUGAGGUAAAAUGGCUGUAAGCUUCGUACAAAAACGUUUCAUGAGCAGCGCCCUUCAAAGAUGGGCUUACAACUUGUCGGGAUUUAACAAAUACGGACUCAUGAGAGACGACCUCUUGUACGAAGAUGCCGAUGUUAAAGAAGCCCUGAGAAGACUGCCACAAAAUGAAGUUGAUGCCCGCAACUACCGUAUCUUAAGAGCCACACAACUGUCCAUCCAAAAAGACAUUCUGCCCAAAGAACAAUGGACAAAAUUGGAGGAUGAUAAGUUAUACCUUACCCCAUUAGUUAAUGAAGUUAUUAAAGAAAGGGAAGAACGUGAAGAAUGGAACAAGAACUACUAAAUUUAUUUAAAAUGGUAGUAUAAAAAUUGUUGUAAAUUGUAUUUAAAUAAAUGUAUUUAAUAGUGUUGGA